AUCCACUUUUGUCUUAUCAUGACUGUCGCUGCACUCCUUUCAAAAAUGUAGAAACCUCUCAAAGACUCUCUCACUCCACAAUUCUAAGUUCCAACUGCCAACCGACUCACACUGCUUCUCAGUCAAACUCGACAACCCGAACCCGCGUUUGGAACUAACAAACUAAAAGCGGUGAUGCUAAGAGACCUCUGUUUGUGCCCAUGUUUCGGGUCCAGGAGCUCCAAUGAAACAGGAGCGGACCUAGAUCCGGUUCUGCUUGUCUCCGGAAUGGGAGGGUCCAUUCUUCAUUCAAAGAGGAAGAAGUUUGGAUUCGAGACCCGGGUUUGGGUUCGGAUUCUCUUUUCUGAUUUGGAGUUCAAAAAGAAGCUCUGGUCUCUAUAUAAUCCUGACACAGGUUAUACUGAAUCAUUGAAUGAUGACAUUGAGAUUUUGGUCCCUGAUGAUGAUUAUGGACUAUAUGCAAUUGAUAUCUUGGAUCCCUCUUUGGUGGUAAAACUUUUUCAUUUGACAGAGGUGUAUCAUUUUCAUGAUAUGAUUGAUAUGCUAGUUGGGUGUGGGCAUAAGAAAGGAAUCACAUUGUUUGGAUAUGGCUAUGAUUUCCGGCAAAGCAAUAGGAUUGACAAGUUAUUAGAGGGUCUUAAAGUUAAGUUGGAAACUGCAUACAAGGCUUCUGGAGGCAGAAAAGUUAAUAUUAUCUCACAUUCAAUGGGAGGGCUGUUGGUGCUGUGCUUCAUGUCACUUCAUAAUGAUGUAUUUUCCAAAUAUGUAAAUAAGUGGAUUACCAUUGCAUGCCCUUUUCAAGGUGCCCCAGGGUGUGUCAAUGAUGCUCUCUUAACUGGAUUGCAGUUUGUUGAAGGUUUUGAAGCCUACUUCUUUGUAUCAAGGUGGACGAUGCACCAACUGUUGGUUGAGUGCCCAUCAGUCUAUGAGAUGUUGCCAAAUCCAUAUUUUAAUUGGAAAAUGCAACCACAAAUUAAUGUUUGGAGAGGGGCUUCUGAAGAUGGGGAUACUUCUGUUAAACUGGAGUCCUAUAGCCCAACUGAAAGCAUCAGUCUCUUCAAAGAAGCAUUGAGGCAUAAUGAGUUAAAUUAUAAUGGGAAUGCAAUAGCUCUACCUUUCAACUUUUGUAUUCUCAAUUGGGCUGCUGGGACACGCAAACUUAUCAACAGUGCUAAACUACCAAGUGGAAUCUUUUUCUAUAACAUUUAUGGGACAUCGUUUGACACACCAUUUGAUGUUUGUUAUGGUACAGAAACUUCACCAAUUGCGGACCUGUCAGAAAUAUGUCAUACAAUGCCUCAAUAUACUUACGUGGAUGGAGAUGGAACUGUUCCUUCAGAAUCAGCAAUGAAAAAUAGACGAUUUUAUUGAUGCGGCACUUAAUAGAAUGAGAAGACGAAAGGAAUUAAAAGACCAAUUAGCUUAUUAAAUUGUAAACAUUUCUUGGUUCAUUGCACAAUUAUAAAGGGCAGUGGACAAGAUGAAGGGUAUCUUACAAUUAGACAGCUGCUAUACUUGUCUUAAUUUACCAAAAAAGGGAAUAUCUUACAAAUCAUUCGCCUGACCUUUAAUAUAACAAUCUAGCAUAUACAUCAUGACAUGGGAACCAGGAUAACAAAUGCAGCAAAAUAUAUACUAUAGUUAACCGUGUCAGCACAACUAGGUGGAAGUGCUCAAUAUUCUUAGGUUGUCUAGGAUGUAUGAUGUGUUUUUCAAAAUUUUGCAUAAGCUAAGAAAACAUAGUCUUAUACGUAAAGUAAUUUCAGAAUCCUUCUAAAAUUUGAAGGAAUAAUUUCUUGCUUGAAUUCAAGAGAGCCCUUUGGCAAUGAUAGGAGAUGGUUGCCACUCUCCUCUUAUUCUCUUGCUUAAAGUUCUCUUUCAUUUGCCUUAUAUGAACUGAUACGAAAUUUAUGCUAAUCUUGCCAAAUUAUCAUUAGUGAUCUAUGAAGUUGUUUGGGAAGGUAAUCUUGUACCAAGGAUCAUGGUGUCCUUGGUUGCCACAAUAGCUAGUAAUCACAUUCAGGGCAAUAGAGUUCAAAGUCAUGAUUCUUAUCGUAUAAUUGUUACUGUUCCAUCGGGUAUAUGUAGGUGUUUUUCUUCAUUAUUCAUGAACCAGUGUUAUGUUACAGUGAAGGAGAAUUAUUUUCUCCUCCAACCAAACAAAUGUUUCUAUCUUACAGGCGGAUGGAUUUGCAGCAGUUGAGAGAGUAGGAGUGGCUGCGUCUCAUCGUGGACUUUUACGUGAUCAAACAGUAUUUAAACUUAUUAAAAAA